AGGACCUCCAGCUACUGGGUACAACCGUACUAUUGCUCAACGUAGUCUUUGUUCCGAUGACCAAGAUCACCUUGCACGAAAUCUACUACCCCCGACAAUGGGCGUACACCUACUUUGCUUCUCUUUUCAGUCUACAUUCAAUAAUGUACACCCUGGGGUUAGUGGUCAUCUCGGUCAUUGCACAAGUAUUCCAUCUGAUGUACUCCACUGUACGACGGUCCACGCCACUCUCUAGGAUUGAUAAGUUUUUAGGGUUUGUUCACAUGCUGCCGUUUAUUCUGGGUUGCAUGACGUUCGGGCUGGCAUACGCAUUCUGUUACAACCAAGAGGGCGGUCCUCUAUUCUAUGAGAAAGGACAGCCUAACGAGAACAAAUUCUUCGUCUGUACGGUGGGUCUGUGGACAGGUUGGGUGUACGCCCUGUCCUACUGGAAGUAUGAGGAGGGCCACCUACGCUUCCCUGAGAGACACGACGACUUCGUACACUCUGUUUGCGCGCAUCUAGAGAGAGCGAUCACACGCGCCGUGCCGCUGACGUUUCGGACGAUUGUGUGCUUGGUACCGGCUGUGUGGUAUGGCCGCACAAACCUGCCUCUGUCAUGGACGGUCAACUACUUGCCCGACACAACAGGUCUUGGAGUUCUUCAGUACGUCCAGCUGCUGUGUAUUGCGUGUUACUACAACAUGCUGGUGGCCUCUACCCUCCUGGCCAUACAGGAGUUGGUAGAACUCUUCAGAACCUCGCACAACAACCGUAUCGCCAUUUUCAAUGGGCCGUUGGCGGGAACGCAGGGCAGACCCGGAAAUGAUCAAAUACAUCCAACGCUACGUGCCUCGACCACUACAAUCAACGCCGAGGAGCUGUUGUGGAUGAUGGAAGCGGAUCUACGCUACCCAAAUGCCGCGUAUAACAAAUACAGAGCGUUCGAGCUACUUCAGAGGCGGGUGAACGGAGAUCUCGAAUGGGGACUAUUUCUGCUGGAUGCCGAUGUGUCACAGCCAAAUGCAGGCGAAGGCAUGCAGACAAUCUCCAAGACCCCCGCCAUUGUGUUCAUUCUCCAGCAGUGUGUAGACAUACUGCAGAUGCAGAUCCUGUGGGUGGAAAGUGAACGAUCCUCUCGCAACGCGACAGCUGCCUUGCCCGGCACCUUGGUAAACCCAUACCUCGCGCACGACAGCCUACGAGCCCCCACCUUCGAGCCGACCUGGCGGGAAAUCGUCAACGCUAAGGCGAACGAUGUUAUAACCGACAUUCGCAUGUACUUGGCACACCUGCUGCUGGGCCGGGCCGAUACCUUUGCCACACACGCACAUGUGUCCACCGUACUACCCGAGGAGCCUGGUGCGUUCGAUCGGACCUGCGGCGUACCCUUUCAGAACGGGGGCUGCCGAACCGAAGAGGUGGGGAUCCGCUACGCCGUGCAAGGACCGGACCGGAGAUUUGGGGAAACUCAUGGUCUCUCAGCACCCUAUGGUGUACGGUCGAGGCAGACAACACUGGAUGGCGGGGUCGCUGCUGCCCCAUCAGUGAUGAAUGUUGCUACGCCCCCUCAAAGUGGAUACCUAAUCUUGGACAACACAUGGGGAGCUAAAAACAAAGCGUUAGUCGCACUGCUGAUGCAUAUCCCAGGGUCCAGAUACUUCACAAGAUCGCUGGAAGAACUACGUACACGUGCAGUAUUCGCGGACUACCAACUGGUUGUGUGGGCUAUGAGAGCGGCAACACAGAUAGUCAUCAAUGGGGCAAACAUACACACUCGUCUGGGUAAAACGCUGUUGCGAAGCGGUAUGGCUGUUACGCUUCUCAACCAACUAUUAGAAUGUUUGGUAGCAGUGGAACUGCACAACGCAGAUCCGUUGCACAAUCUCGACGAUCCCUCAUCUGGUCUACGAGGUGAUGUUAGGAAACGACAAGCAACUGCUAUGAUAGAAGUUUUAGAGCAGAGUUUAUACUCUCUGUCGAACGCCUACAGAAAGCAGAUCCCUGGAAUGAAAAUACAGCGUCCAGAUAAGCUUGCCAAGUACCUAUCGUGA